CCAAACCUCCUCUUAUCAACAAAAUGUUCCACUCUCUUCCUACAAAUUUCUACUUCAAAUACACACCGCCCCUUCUAAAUACUUGUACGACUUACGUUGUAGCCAAAUCUUGCUUAAAGUCAAGUCAUCCAGGCAAUCAGCAUAGCAUGAAUAAUCCAGGUGGUUACACUGCUGAAGUUACAAAUCUCUCCCCUAUUGCUACCGAGAAGGAGCUUCAUCAUUUUUUUGGUCUCUGUGGAAAGAUUGAUCGUAUCCAGAUUCUCAGAGCUAGUGAAGUUGCAAGUACAGCCUAUGUGAGCUUUAGAUCUUCACAUGCAUUGGAAAUCGCUGUAUUCCUUAAUGGCGCCAUAAUUGUGGAUCAACCUGUAUGCAUAUCCCGUUGGGAACACUACAAAGAUGAUGAUAUCUGGAACCAGAUUUGCUGGAAGUCUGAAGAAGCAACUCAUUCUUCAUCAAUUAUUGAAGAGGCAUCAUCAGAUUCAGGAGUUGGUGAGCAAGAUGGUGCGGAGAAAGUAAUGAGCGUGGUUAAAAGAAUGUUAUGGAAAGGGUAUGUAGUAGGAAAAGAUGGUUUGGAAAGAGCUAGAGCUUUGGAGCAAUCGCAUCAAGUGUCAGCCAGUAUCUUAAAGGCUUUGAGUGAAGCGGCAGAAGCUGCGGUUGAGUUCGGCAGUCAAGGCAUGCAUUAUUAA